CGCACCGGAGGGUGGUUUUCUGGUGUGUUUAACCGGAGGCGGGCGACGGCACGCCCAGGGCGGCGCAUUCGGCGAGGGCCGCGGUGUAGGGGCUGCUGUGCAUCUGCUGCGGGCCGGGGGCCGAGGCGUGAGCGCUCGCCGGCAUGGGGGGCCAAGGGGACAACUACUACGGCAAGCACGGGACGCCGCAGAAAUAUGACCCGACUUUCAAAGGUCCCAUUUAUGACAGGGGCUGCACGGACAUUAUCUGCUGCAUCCUGCUGGUCAUCGCCAUCGUGGGCUAUGUGGUGGUGGGUGUCGUGGCCUGGACCCACGGGGACCCCCGGAAGGUGAUCUACCCAACCGACAGUCGCGGGCAGUUCUGCGGGCAACAGGGAACCCCCAACGAGAAGAAACCUUUCCUCUUUUACUUCGAUAUCGUGAAGUGUGCCAGCCCGCUGGUGCUGCUGGAGUUUCAGUGCCCGACCACGCAGAUCUGCGUCAGCAAAUGCCCAGACCGGUACCAGACGUACCUGAGCGCCUAUGGCUCCCGCACGCCCAGCGAGCUGGAGUACUACCGGCAAUUCUGCGUCCCCGAGUUCAAAAACCUGCAGAAGGCUCCCAUUGAGGUGCUGAAGGACAAAGAGUGCCCAGCCAUGAUUAUCCCCAGCACCCCACUGGCGCGGCGAUGCUUCCCGGCCAUCCGGGCCAAGAAGGGCGUCAUCAUGGUCGGUAACGAGACCACUUACGACGAUGGCCGUGGGCGCCGGAGGAACGUCACUGAGCUUCUGGAAGGGGCCAAAAAAGCAAACGUGGUCCUGGAAACCAGACAACUGGCUAUGAAGAUCUUUGAAGAUUACACGGUUUCCUGGUACUGGAUAAUAAUAGGCCUCGUGAUUGCGAUGGUGGCCAGCUUCAUCUUCAUUGUCCUGCUCCGCUUCCUGGCCGGGAUCAUGGUCUGGGUGAUGAUCGUGAUGGUGAUCCUGGUGCUGGGCUAUGGAAUCUUCCACUGUUACAUGGAAUAUGCAAAACUAAAAGGGGAAGCGGGUUCUGAUGUCUCCCUGAAGGACCUGGGAUUUCAGACAGACCUACGCGUCUACCUCCACCUGCGGCAGACGUGGCUGGCAUUCAUGAUCAUCCUGUGCAUCGUGGAGGUGGUGAUCAUACUGCUGCUCAUCUUCCUCCGCAAGAGGAUCCUCAUUGCCAUCGCGCUCAUCAAGGAGGCGAGCAGAGCUGUUGGUCACAUCAUGAUGUCGCUGCUCUUCCCAUUGUGCACCUUCUUCCUGCUGUGUCUCUGCAUCGCCUACUGGGCUAGCACCGCUGUUUUCCUCUCCACCUCCAACGAGGCAAUCUAUAAGGUUUUUAACGAGUCUGCAUGCCAGUUUUCCGGGCAGACCUGCAAGCCGGAGACCUUCAACACAAGCAACGUCACCAAGCUGUGCCCUGACGCCCAGUGCCUCUUCGCAUUCUACGGGGGCGAGACAGCAUACCACAAGUAUCUCAUCGUCCUUCAGUUCUUCAAUGUCUUCAUGUUCUUCUGGCUCGCCAACUUCGUGAUCGCACUGGGCCAGGUGACGCUGGCAGGGGCCUUUGCGUCGUACUACUGGGCCUUCAAGAAACCCGAUGACAUGCCCGCCUUCCCCCUCUUCUCCGCCUUUGGCCGUGCGCUCCGGUACCACACCGGCUCGCUUGCCUUUGGCUCUCUGAUCCUCGCCAUCGUCCAAGUCAUCAGGGUCACACUGGAGUAUCUGGACCACAGGUUAAAAGCUGCAGAUAAUAAGUUUGCCAAGUUCCUCCUGAGCUGCCUCAAGUGCUGCUUCUGGUGCCUGGAAAAAUUCAUCAAAUUCCUCAAUAGAAACGCAUACAUCAUGAUCGCCGUCUAUGGCACCAAUUUCUGCACCUCCGCCAGGAACGCAUUCUUCCUGCUGAUGAGGAACAUCAUUAGGGUGGCCGUUUUAGAUAAAGUCACGGAUUUCCUCUUCUUCCUCGGUAAACUCCUCAUCGUGGGAAGCGUCGGAAUCCUUGCCUUCUUUUUCUUCACCCAGCGGAUAAAGCUCGUCCAAGACACAGCGCCACCCCUAAAUUACUACUGGGUCCCUAUUCUGACGGUGAUCGUGGGCUCCUACCUCAUUGCCCACGGGUUCUUCAGCGUGUACGGCAUGUGCGUGGACACCCUCUUCCUCUGCUUCUGUGAAGAUCUGGAGAGGAACGAUGGAUCUCCCGAGAGGCCUUACUACAUGUCCCCCGAGCUGAGUGAGAUCCUGCUGAAGGGGAACCUAGAGCCUUCCAAAAGCGCCGAUAGCCAAGGCUAGGGGCUGGCCCCGGGAGGAAGGCUGCGUGCCUGGGGGGGCUGCAGGAUGCUCUCGGCCCCCCAACCCAAGCAGCAUUCUCCUAAGCCUGCGGGUGGCAGCCACGGUGCAAAUCUUUCCCCUGGAUGUCCUUCAAAGCCUUGAGGGUAGAGGGGGUGCCGAUUCCUCAGUGCCCGAUGCUGUAUCAAAUCUACCUUCCUGCCCAAUAAUGAAUAUUCUUGUAUCGAGAGAACGAACCUAGAGUGUCACCUAGAGUUAAUCUGGGGUCCCAUGUGUCCCGGUAGCGCCCGGCGAGGAGCGCUCCGCUCUAGUGAGCGGCUGGGAACCGGCUGGACGCACACGGGUGCCGAUUAUAGUUGUGUUUCGCGUUGGAGCAGAGAUCUUUGUUCCUAACUGCCAGCCGUGAAAAGGAUGGGAGAGCCCCUCUGCUCGCAGGAGGUACCUUGUAUUGCAGGGCUGUGGUUUGUAGGACGGGCUGAGUGGGUUCUACAGCCUGAAAACUGGUCUCUCUGCGCUUUCCUCUUUGUUCUGCCCCCAGCAAAGAGCAACGAGCCUCUUUCCUCGCCCACUCUUUCUAUGCAAAACCAGGUUGGCGCACUUAAAAAGACUUCUUUGUGAGAUUGCAGAUCUUUUGCUUUUAAGUCUGUUGCAUCAGCCGGGCCUUCCUCACAAAACAGAGCUUGCCCUUUUCACAGCCAAAAACUCCGUUUCCUCGCGCUGCCGGUUUAGGGAAGCCGAAAAGAGCCAUCGCCGGUUGCAAGCCGUUAAAACUCAGAGGGCUUUUACUCGCAGCAUCCCUCAUUUAAAAUGGUUUCUCUUGCUGGUUGCACAGAGGUUUAAUGGCUGCAGGGAGGUGGUGGCUCGUCCUGGGAGCUGCCUGAUGGGCUCUGCUUUUUCCCUGCCCUGAGGUGGUUGAGUUGAUGGUUUGGCUUCUGCCUGGUCCGGGCUCCUACAGGGCGGAGGAGCUGGGGGGCUGCAAAGACUUUUCCACGCUAACGCAGAGUGUAGGUGGAGACGCUUGCCAAGGCGUGCAGGCUGGGGUGGUUGUGGGAAGGAAGAUGGAGCCCGCAUGGAAGGCGAGUUCCCAGGCUGGCUCCGGCAACUCUGAAUUGCCGAGGGACCGUCAAGGGAAGGCGAUGUCUGGAGGAGCGGUGUGAGCACCUCUGACGGGCUGGAAGGCUGCGGGGAGAUAGUGCGUUGCGCUGGCAGGUGUUACACUGGGAACGUAUUGCGGCAUCUCCACAGCUAGAGAAAUCAGACCAAAAAAAUCAUAAGUUUGAUUGGGAGGCAGCUGGUGAGGGUUACGGCCCCUAAAGAAACGGCAGCCAGACACAGGCUGGAUCCUCACCUUGUUUUCUCCUCUUGAUAGUCCAGAAACGAUCAAGAUUUUAAAAAAUGCCAUUCUGGCGGCACACAGCCCGGGUAGCUGUGGCCAGAUCUCCUAUUACAAAUCCUCACGCAGACAGAGAGGCCCGUCUUUUGAGUCGUGCCCUCUUAGGACAAAGCUGUAGUGUUAACGCUUGUAUUUUCAUUACAGAGAAACACUGAAAUCCCUCUCAAAAUAUCCCAAGGCGCUUUCAGUCGACUCUGAAGCUGGUGCUUUGUGGGUUUGUUUGGUUUUGGUGGGUUUUUUUUGGUGGCUGUGAUUUUCCUACCACUUCUUGCUGGCGCAGCUGCUUUGCUUUGAACAGUGAGAGGCCGAGCAGCGUGUUCGGUGCUGGGAAUACACCUAACGAUUAUGUAUGCAUGGCGUGUUGACAAGGGCGUCGCGCACCCGGCGAGCAGCGCCAAGCGAAUACCGAGCGAAAUUGCUUUGCACUCGCGUCAUGAGCCAUUUCGGCUGCACAAAGAGCAGGGAGAGCCGCGCUGCCUGGCUCUGUAGAGGAGGGGAACCGCGCUCCAGGCCAGCAGAGCUCGAGUGGCGUGCCGAGGAGACUGCUUUUCCUAUGGCACUGUUAAACUUUCCCACUGCCCCCCUGAAAAAAAAAACAAACCAACACCCAAAGCUCUGCUUUCUUCUAAAUAAUAGCGGCCCGUUUUCAGGGCGUGAUGCUCCCCGUAAAAUGGGAGAGGUGCUGCUGCGGUGGUUUGUACAGCUGGGGGUAUUUAGCUGUGACACAGGGACAAAAUACCCCCUGCCCGCGAUGAGCCGAAAGACUUUUAUUUCUGUCAAAGAUGAUUAUUAGAUGAGCAGGAUGGCUGCUCCUCUGGCAUCUCUCUGCCUUUAGGCUCCUUGCUGCAUCUGCUGUGACUCCUGCCACGCCAACCUGUGUGUCUGUCCCCCCGGCACUGCUGUGCGGGGCUGGGGGGGGGUUCUCUUUGCAGUGGAGGACCUGGAGCGCAACGACGGUUCGGCCGAAAAGCCUUAUUUUAUGUCACCCGACCUGAAAAAGCUCCUGAAGAAGACAAACAAAGGUC